AUGGGAUUGCUCCUGAAGAUUCUCAUCCCUUUGCUGGGAGCAGCGCUGGCCUUUUAUUUUUAUUCGGCACCCGAGAACUUCAGUGAAGAGAUGCUCCGGGGGAAGCGGGUGAUCGUGACGGGAGCCAGCAGCGGCAUCGGCGAGCAGAUGGCAUAUCACCUGGCACGCAUGGAGGCCCACCUGCUGCUCACGGCACGCACCGAGGCCAGGCUGCAGAAAGUCGUGGAGCGAUGCCUGGAGCUCGGCGCUGCCUCCGCCCGCUACAUCAGCGGCUCCAUGGACAGCCCCAGCCUGCCCCAGGAGCUGCUCAGGGAGGCUGAGAACACCUGGGGUGGCCUGGACAUGCUCAUCCUGAACCACAUCGGCCAGAGCGGCUUCACCUACUUCAGCGGGGACGUGGGGCACGUCCGCAGGCUCAUGGAGACCAACUUCAUCAGCUACGUGGCCUUGGCCACGGCUGGCCUGCCCAUGCUGAAGGAGAGCCAGGGCAGCAUCGUGGUGGUUUCAUCCAUAGCAGGUAAAAUUGCUGGCCCUUUUACUGCUCCCUACUCCGCAACCAAGUUCGCCUUAGACGGAUUUUUCAGCUCCUUGAGGCAGGAACUCAUCAUAGACAAGGUGAACGUUUCCAUCACGCUCUGCAUCCUGGGCUACAUCAACACAGAGAGCGCCGUGCAGGCCGUGUCACACGUCAUCCCCGACACGCCGGCCCCCAAGGAGGAGUGUGCCCUGGAGAUCAUCCGGGCCGGGGCCCUGCGCCGCAGGGAGCUGCACUACCCGGCCCGGACCGUGGGCAGCAUGCUGCUCGUCCACAGCCUCGCCCCCGAGCUCCUCGACUCGCUUGUCCGCAGCAGCUACCGCCUGGAAAAUGUCCGCAGAACGUAGUCCUGGGGCUGGGCUGGCACCUGGGGCCCAGCAGGACGGCUCUGGCUGUGAGCCCAGCUCCCCUCCACACACUGGGCAUCCCUGUGCUGGCGCCCUGGCAGCCUGGGCCGGGACACUCCAGGAGGCUACCGCAGCACAAAAAUGUCCUUUUUAGUCAUGGGCUCUCGUAAAGGGCUUUUUCCAAGGAAGCGCUUUAGAGAAGUCCUGCAGCAGUAUGUGCUGCCAGUGCCCUGCCCACCGGCAGGUUCCUGCUCAGCCUGCAGAAGCUGUUCCCUCUGGAAAGCCACCGAGGCAGCAGAUCUGAGCCCUGGCCCAGGACCAGGCUUUGGACCAUGCAGCACAAACCACCCAAAGCCACCAGAGAGUCUCUGAAU